GUUUCUUUCCCUGUGCUGUUCCAACAGUGAGGAGGUGUACGGGACAAGGGGUGCCCUAGGCUCCCAGAACAGGGGCUCUGCCUGGGUUCCAGCUCCCAUAGGGGUGGAACUUGUCAGGACUCUGAGUACAUAUCUCCUUAGGAAGAGUUGAAACUCAUCUGCUGCACUGUGACUAUGGCCUGGCUGCUGACUAGGGCUUGCUGCCCCAGAGCUCUUCCUUGGGCUUCCAGAUGUCUCUAUGGGUUGGUGAGUGCUCGGUCCUGGAGCCAGGGUCCUCUUACUGCCUACAUGCCAGAAGCUGCCUCCUUCCCGGAAGCUCAGGAUCACCAGGGCUUGUACAAGACAUCGGUGGAGCAGGGGGAUGCCUUCUGGGGAGCGCUGGCAAGGAGUCGGCUCUCCUGGAUCACCCCCUUUCACUCUGUCCAGGACUGUGAUCUGCAGCAGGGACGGGCUGCCUGGUUCCUGGGAGGGCAGCUCAACGUGGCAGUGAACUGCUUGGACCGACAUGUCCAUGUAGCCCCAGACAAAGUGGCCUUAAUAUGGGAGAAGGAUGAACCAGGAGAGGAGUUGCGGGUCACAUACAGGGAGCUGCUGGAGCUGACAUGCCGCCUGAGCAACACCCUGAAACGGCAGGGGGUGAAACGAGGUGACAGGGUGACAAUCUACAUGCCUCCGUGCCCAUUGGCAGUGGCCAGCAUGCUGGCAUGUGCCCGAAUAGGGGCUGUGCAUGCUGUGGUGUUUGCUGGGUUCAGUGCAGAGUCCCUGGCAGACAGGAUUCGGGAUGCCCAGUCGGAGACGGUGAUCACAGUGAACCAGGGGCUGAGAGGUGGCAAGGUUGUGGAGCUGAAGAAAACAGUGGACCAGGCUGUGAAGCACUGCCCAGGAGUGAAACGUGUCCUUGUGUCCAUGAGGACGGACAGCCAGCUUCCCAUGACAGCCCUGGAUGUUCUGCUGGAGGAGGAGAUGAUGAAGGAGGAUGCAUACUGUGAGCCAGUUGCCAUGGACAGCGAAGACAUGUUGUUCCUUCUCUACACAUCUGGCAGUACAGGCAAGCCCAAGGGCCUGGUUCAUUCCCAGGCUGGCUAUCUCCUGUUUGCUGCUCUCACACACAAGUACGUGUUUGACUAUCAGGACAGGGAUGUCUUUGGCUGUGUGGCAGACAUUGGCUGGAUCACAGGGCACAGUUACGUUGUCUAUGGCCCCCUCUGCAAUGGUGGCACCACAGUCCUUUUUGAGAGCACUCCUGUUCAUCCCAACCCUGGACGCUACUGGGAAACAGUGGAGAGGUUAAAAAUUAAUCAGUUUUAUGGGGCACCUACUGCCAUCCGCCUGCUCCUGAGAUAUGGUGAUGAAUGGGUGAAGAAAUAUGACCGCUCCUCUCUCAAAGUUCUUGGCUCAGUGGGUGAACCCAUAAACAAGGAGGCAUGGGAGUGGUACUUCCGUGUGGUGGGUGAGACACGGUGCCCUGUUGUGGACACAUGGUGGCAAACAGAAACAGGAGGCAUCUGUAUCUCACCCCGUCCUUCUAACCCUGGAGAUGAAAUCCUUCCAGGCAUGGCCAUGAGACCUUUUUUUGGCAUCAGUCCCUCUGUACUGGAUGAUAAGGGAAAUGUCCUUUUGGAAAAUAAUGUCUCUGGAGCCCUUUGCAUCUCACAAGCCUGGCCGGGUAUGGCUCGAACCAUUUAUAAAGACCAUAAGAGGUUUGUGGAAACCUAUCUGGCUCCUUAUCCAGGGUUCUUCUUCACUGGGGAUGGUGUGUAUCGCACUAGUGAAGGCUAUUACCAGCUGACGGGACGCCUGGAUGACAUCAUUAACAUCAGCGGGCACCGGCUGGGCACUGCAGAGGUGGAAGACAUUGUGAACCACCAUGUGGCAGUGGCAGAGUCUGCUGUGAUCGGCUACUCACAUGACAUCAAGGGAGAAGGAGCCUACGUGUUCAUUGUGCUGAAGAAGGACAGCAAGUACACGGAGGAAACUCUUGCUGCUGAGCUACAGGAGCUGAUCUCCAAGAAGAUCGCUAAGUAUGCAGUUCCAGAGUACAUCCAGGUCACACGCCGGCUGCCCAAGACGCGCUCUGGGAAGAUUAUGCGGCGGGUGCUAAGGAAGAUUGUUGAGAACAAAGCCAGUGAGCUUGGGGACCUAACCACCCUAGAUGACCAUGAAGCUGUGCAGCAGAUCAUAGAGGGACACAAGCGCCUUGUGGAGCAGCAGAAGAACUGCUAGUAUGGCUCCUCCAGCAGCCACCUCCAGCCCCUUCACUACAGAAUUAGGGUCAGGUCCAGAAAUGUCACUGAGCAACCGCUGCCCAGUAAGUGCUCAGACUGUACUUCCAGAGCAGUCUGAGAGACCCUCGAGAGUUCUGCCUCCAUACACACAAAGGAGACAGGAGAGAACAGGCACAACAGUAAGGAGGGAGCGCUGUUUGCUCCCGAAGAAGAGAACCAACAUCCUUCCUUCAGGCUCCUUGUGCCUUGCAGUAGCUUGCAGUAGCUUUAGAGAAAGCAACUGACCAGCUAUAGGUAGGUGUAUUAUUCCUAUCCCUGCUUUGCUCUUAAUCACUUCUUUAGUCCAAGAGCACUGUCAAUACGUAACUCCUCCAGAGCAAAGAGUAAAAGGAAAAAGAGGCAGAAAUCUGGUUAACACAUACUGGUUCUUCUCCAGAAACAUCCUUGGAUAGCUGACUCUGGAUUUUAAUACAAAAAUGUUUAUUUGUUAUUGUGUAUCUUAAGCAGAUGAGAGCAAUGUUC